GACGCUGUCGCGAUUUUGUCUGACUGCUGCCAGUGGCAGUGAGCCGCAGAGGGUGACCCACCAUGUUUCCACGUGGGAUCUCGACAGCAGCGCCUAGCUUUGGCUUUGCUCGCCCACUUAUAACAUAUUCUGAGCGUGCUCGGUCGGUGGCGUCAAACGGCAUUGUUGUCAUUCGCCGCGGUAUUCGGAGCAGCAGCGAGGGACUCCCAGUUCCGCCCCCUCUACAGAGCUUGGUAACCUCUCAAGAGACGCAAGCUGCCCGUGGCUGGCUCGAAAAGUUCAAGGGUAUUACCAUCCCAAAAGACGUAGUUGAGGUCACCUUUUCGCGGAGUUCUGGGCCAGGUGGGCAGAACGUCAACAAGGUGAAUACAAAAGCAACACUGCGAUGCCCUUUGGAUGCCUUAUGGAUUCCUCCGUGGGCAAAGGACGGCCUUCGUAGAUCCCCACAUUUCGUCUCGUCCUCACAUUCGCUUUUAAUAACAUCCACCACCACCCGUUCUCAGUCGCAGAAUGUAGAUGAUUGCUUACUGAAGCUUCAUAAUCUGAUCGUGUCUAUGGCCGCCUCAUCUAUUCAGAACGAGCCUACCGAGCAGCAGAAGGACCGCGUGCGAGGGCUUGAACGAGCGGAUAAAGCCAGGCGUCGUGCAGACAAGGACAAGAGGAGCCAGGUCAAACGAAAUCGCUCCGGCCGCGACUGGGAUUAAGAUGCAUGGUACCCCCAUCCCGUCAGACUUUCGCCUGAAUGGUCUUCUUUGACACAAUGUCUCUCGACGAUCCUUUUCGCUUGAAUAUUCGUCGACCCUGUCUUCUGCCCAUUUCGCCAUAUGACGAGAAUAAUCUACCCAGGUGUCUAGACCGUCUACUCUGUAGGUGUCAGAAUCCUACGCCACCUAUAUUAUGCACUGGAAAUGGAGUACCGAUUUUCAACGGUCGGUAGUCAGAGAGACUUGGACUCGCCCAGGUUCUCGUUACUUCAUACUUGAUAGUAAAUAUAUAUCACAAUUUUGAUUUGU